AUGCAUGGGCCACGGCGGAAGAUGAAGGUCGCUGGGAACCAUAUGACGGUGAACAUCUUCCUCUUCAUCGUGCUGGAGGUGUCUCGCAGCGGUGGCCAGGGCAAGGGCGGCGACAGCAAGCUGCACGUGCCCUCCAAGCGCUUCUGGGCCAGGUUGGCGCCCAGCACCGGCUUCUGGAACCGUGAGCAGCAGAAGCUGGACCUCCUCCACAACCCGCGUCACCAACACCAGCGCGGUGUGACCAGCGGAGGGGUCCUCCCUUUCGACCUGCUGCCCGACUGGCUCAACGACACGCUGGGCCUGGAGGCGUGUGAGCCGGACCCCCGGGUCGCCGUCCAACUGAAGGACUACAACCAGCUGCCGCAGCGCUUCAAAGACUUCCUGUCCUACCUGCGCUGCCGAUCCUACCCCUGGUGGUGUGAUCAGCCACACAUCUGCCAGGACGGGCCCUUCCUGCUGCUGGCCAUCAAGUCGUUGAUGCCCCACCUCGACCGGCGGCAGGCCAUCCGCGAGUCGUGGGGCCGCGCGGGGGCUGCUGGCAACCGCACGGUGGCCACCGUCUUCCUGCUCGGCAACGCCACGGCGGGGGACCACUUCCCGGACCUGUCGGCCAUGCUGCAGUACGAGAGCGCGCAGCACCGCGACCUGCUGCAGUGGGACUACCGCGACACCUUCUUCAACCUCAUCAAGGAGGUGCUCUUCCAGCACUGGGUGGACACCAGCUGCCCCCAGGUCAGCUUCAUCUUCAAGGGCGACGACGACGUCUUCGUCAACACGCCGCGCAUUCUGGACUUCCUCAAGGGCCUGCCGCCCGCCAAGGCCCGAGACCUGUUCAUCGGCGACGUCAUCACCCACGCCGGGCCGCACCGAGACAAGCGGGUCAAGUACUAUAUCCCAGAGACCAUGUUCGUGGGCAUGUACCCGCCCUACGCUGGAGGGGGCGGUUACUUAUACUCGGGGGACCUGGCGCGGAGGUUACACGCGGUCUCCCACCAGGUGGCGCUCUACCCCAUAGAUGACGUGUACACUGGAAUGUGUCUGCGAAAGCUGGGCCUGGCCCCCGAGAAGCAUAAGGGCUUCAGGACUUUCGAUGUUGAGGAGAAGUUUCGGGGAAACCCGUGCACCUACAAGGGGCUGAUGCUGGUGCACCCCAGGACCCCGCAGGAUAUGAUUAAGAUCUGGGGCUGGCUCAAUGACCCCAAAUUGAAGUGUCAGUGAUUUUAGCUUGAAUGGUUGCCUUUUUUCUUUGUUUUUUCUUUUCCUUCAUUUUUUUUGGUUUUGUCUCUGCUGUAUCAACCUCCACGGCGUUCUAAUGGCCUCAGGGUUGAAAAGGGUCACACUUUGGCAGCUUUACUACAGAAAUAUAAGUUCACAUUUAUUAUUAUUAUUAUUAUUAUUAUUAUUGCUCUAUUAACAUUAUAACUAAAACCUUACAAACCUUCCCUGUAUAUU